AUAGUUCAUAAAAUUUUACUCAUCCAAGAAUAAUUCAAUGCGAAGGAAUCAUUUGUAACUAUUUUCUUAUGUGCUUAUGAGGUGAUUUCCAACUGACGAAUGUUGCAGACUUCGAGUAAGGAAGCAACAAGUGGUUUUUCAGGAGUUUAACUGUAGCGCAGAUCGAUAUUCACCAUUAUCAUACUUGAUGGCAUCCUAGUUCAGUUGUUGAUGUAGCUGCAAUCUAAUAUUUCCCUAAAUAAAUGAAUAUGAGUUGAUUGAGUGUGUUGCUUUUGAUGCACUUGAGGAAGUACGCAAAAAGAAAAUGGCAAAGUUGAACGGUGACGGGCUAGGCUACUCAUAUCAUUUACCUUCAGGUGGUUGGAGUUUAAGAAUAAGAAACAUAUUAUCCCAAUUCUGUGAACUUUUCAGCGAGUUUGAUAAAUAUAUAGCUCCGGCAUAUCAUCAUGAUCGUUGUGAACGGUCAGUGCAGAUGCGAUUAUAUACAAUGCAUAAGCGCGAAUUUGUUAUGACAUUUAUUGCAUUUUUUACAUCUCUAGGAUUAGCAAUUUUCAUAGGAAUAGCAGGACCUCCGAUUACCAGUACUGCUGAAUUAGAUGGUAAAUUGUUGUUGCCAAAGAAUAACCUCAAUAUCACCAAUCAAGGACAAAUAGCUUCAGGUCCUUUUACGAUGAGAACACCUUCAUUGACCACUUAUUCACAGCAAUUGUGGCUUAUAGUGAAAUUAACAACAGAGAAUAGGGACGAUGAAAUAUACGACAAAAGUUUCCAAGUGACGAUAACCAUAGAAGGUCUCACUCGAGAACAUACUCCAAUUACUGUUGUCGAUAACAGACAUUCAAAAAAUAGGACAAGGCAUUUGAGAUGUGAAAAUCAGAACUGCGAUGAGUUUAUUGUAUUACAUCUGGGCUAUCUUGAUUACACGCAUUAUAUAUUCACAGUGCGUUUUCAUGGUUUAGAGGCAUUCCACAAGAGAUAUAACAUAAAUCAAGUGACGUUUUACUUCAAAACCUACAACCCUGGCUUCACUAAAAUUGAAAUCUGGUUCAGGUUUGUGUUUCUUGUGACGACAUUUUUAAUAUGGUGUUGGUUUGCUUAUUCUUUAAAGAAGUACGCAAUGCAUGACUGGUCUAUAGAACAGAAGUGGAUGUCCAUACUUUUACUAUGCCUGAUGGGUUACAACAAUCCUGUUUUUCCAAUGAUGUUCAUGGUAAAUUCCUGGAUUCCUGGAUUGAUUGAUGCCUUUGCACAAGCCACGUUUCUCUGUGCUCUGCUGUUAUUCUGGUUGUGCAUUUACCAUGGUCUCAGACAGAAUGAGAGGAAAUUUUUGACAUUUUACGUGCCCAAACUAUUCUUGGUUUCCAUGUUAUGGUUUCCGGCCAUAAUACUCUCUACUUGGGAAAAAGUCAACGAACUUGAAGAUCCCACUUACAACCAUGAAAUCGAUACUUCAAACUACUACGUGGUUCAAUCGUUCUUUUACAUAUUCAGCGUGGUUUAUAUAGUUUAUUUAGGAGUACUCAUACUGAGAGCGUAUACUGAAUUGAGAUCGAUGCCAUUCUUCGAUUUGCGACUGAAAUACUUGACACUCCUCAUGGUAAUCGUGCUUUCCAUUAGUUGCGUCAUCACCUUCCUGAGAUUUGGAGUUGGAUUUUUGGAAGACAACUUCGUGGCUAGGCUCUCCACACAUUACACGAGCUCAGCGCAGUUUAUGGCUUUCUACUCGUUGCUGAAUUUCUAUCUCUACACGAUGGCCUAUCUCUAUUCUCCAGGAAACUCGUCAGCUCAUGAGUUUGCGAUCACCAAAGAUAACCCAGCAUUCUCCAUGAUCAACGAUUCUGACGAAGAUGUGAUAUAUGGAUCAGAUGAAGAGAGUAGGAGACCUUUGAACAGAUCGAGAAAUGAUGAUGACAGCGAUUGAUUUCAAUAUUUUAUAUUGACAACGGUUAUCUUUUGAAGCAAUCCAAGAUACUGAUUGCUGUAUCGUAUUAAUUGUUAUUCAUUCGAAGUGUGUAAAAUGAAUUCUGAUAAUCUUGAAAUAUUUAAAUAUUUGUUCGGAUGAUUUUUGAAGGGAGAAAUUAACAAAAAUGAAGUGGAAUAAAUAGUAAGGGUAGUGAGGUGCAAUAAUGGUUUGAUUUUUGAAGGUUUGAAGCAGUGUAAGUGAUUGGAGAUUGGGUUUUGGGUUCAAAAUUAUUGAAACCAACAAUGCUGAACUAUGUAUGAAUGUCAUUGAAAGAAGAUUUUUUCUUCUUUCCCAAACAUGGCAAUGACAAUAUGGGAGUCGUUCCAAAAGAAAUUAUUCGAAUUGUUUUUUCAGUAUAGGUAAGAAUAUUGACUGAAAAAUUUAAAGAUCAUAUUCCUGCUUCAACA